CGCGGAGCCACAACUUCCGCUGGGAGGCGGAAGAACCUCUCGGCUGUACGCUCGGGAGUCCCGGGAGCGCUCAGGGACCGCUUGGGUUACGGGAAAGGGCUGCCGGGGGCGGACCGGCCACACUUGGGGUGUCGGGGCUGCGGGCGUGAGGGAUGAGGAGGGACCAUGGCCAGCGACGGGGCCAGGAAGCAGUUCUGGAAACGCAGCAACAGCAAGGUCCCGGGCAGCAUCCAGCAUGUGUAUGGAGCCCAGCACCCACCUUUCGAUCCGCUGUUACAUGGCACCUUGCUCAAGUCCACGCCCAAGGUGCCGACCACCCCAGUGAAGGCCAAGAGGGUCAGCACCUUCCAGGAGUUCGAGAGCAACACCAGUGACGCCUGGGAUGCUGGGGAAGAUGACGAUGAGCUCCUGGCCAUGGCGGCCGAGAGCCUGAACACUGAGGUGGUCAUGGAGACGGCCCACCGCGUCCUGCGCAACCACAGCCAGCGGCAGACCCGGCCUGCGCUGCAGGAGGUGCCAGCGCCCAAGCAGGAGCCAGAGCCCGCAGCAGAGCCGCUUGCAGCUCCAAGUGGGGACCUCCGGCUGGUGAAGUCAGUCAGUGAGAGCCACACGUCCUGUCCCACAGAAAGUGCCAGCAGUGUGGUCCCUCUGCAGAGGUCCCAGUCUCUCCCCCACUCGGCCACUGUCGCCCUGGGUGGGACGUCUGACCUGAGCACCCUUGGCAGCUCUGCGCUGAGCGAGAGAGAGGCUUCUCGCCUGGACAAGUUCAAGCAGCUGCUCGCGGGCCCCCACACAGACCUCGAGGAAUUACGGAAGCUGAGCUGGUCCGGAAUCCCUAAGCCAGUUCGUCCAAUUACGUGGAAACUUCUCUCAGGUUACCUUCCUGCCAAUGUGGACCGAAGACCAGCCACUCUCCAGAGAAAACAGAAAGAAUAUUUUGCUUUCAUCGAGCACUAUUACGAUUCCAGGAACGAUGAAGCCCACCAGGACACAUACAGACAGAUCCACAUAGACAUCCCUCGGAUGAGCCCUGAAGCCCUGAUCCUGCAGCCCAAGGUGACAGAGAUUUUUGAAAGGAUCUUGUUUAUAUGGGCCAUCCGUCACCCUGCCAGUGGAUAUGUCCAGGGGAUAAACGACCUUGUCACUCCUUUCUUUGUGGUCUUCAUUUGUGAAUACAUAGAGGAGGAGGAUGUGGCCGCGGUGGACGUCUCCAGCGUGCCUGCGGAGGUGCUGCGCAACAUCGAGGCCGACACCUACUGGUGCAUGAGCAAGCUGCUGGAUGGCAUUCAGGACAACUACACCUUUGCCCAACCUGGGAUUCAAAUGAAAGUGAAGAUGUUGGAAGAACUCGUGAGCCGGAUCGAUGAGCAAGUGCACCGGCACCUGGACCAGCACGAGGUGCGGUACCUGCAGUUCGCCUUCCGCUGGAUGAACAACCUACUGAUGCGGGAAGUGCCCCUCCGCUGCACCGUCCGCCUAUGGGACACGUACCAGUCUGAACCCGAGGGCUUUUCUCAUUUCCAUUUGUACGUUUGUGCUGCUUUUCUCGUGAGAUGGAGGAAAGAAAUACUAGAAGAAAGAGAUUUUCAAGAGCUGCUUCUCUUCCUCCAGAACCUGCCCAUGCCCGCUGGGGUGACGAGGACAUCAAGCCUUCUGCUUGCUGAGGCCUACCGCCUCAAGUUUGUCUUCGCAGAUGCCCCCAAUCACUACAAGAAGUGAGGCCCGGGGCCAGUGACAGUGGGCCUCACUGUGCAGAGGCAGUGUCCUCUCCUCACCUGGCCAGCUGCAGGCCCCUUUGAGCUGGUGCUGGCCAAGCACUGCCUUGGGAGCAGCCCAAUCCUGCAGGCGACUUGCCAGGGUGGGCCCAGGCGUCGAGGGCUGAGGGGGGUGGGGCAGCUCCAGUUUCCUGAGAUACCAAAGAGAGCCAAGGAGGGUCCCAGCUUUUGGGGACCAGAGAUGGGUCAGGCGUCCCCCUCACUCUGUCUCUGGAGUGUCCCUUGCCAAAUGCCCACCCUGGAACCCUAACCUGGGGGCAGCCAAGCGGCAGAGCCUCUCAGAGGCCUGCUGUCCAGGAGCCAGGCAGAGGAGGGGCGGCUCUCUCAGACCUUCUUCACCGUGCAAAAUCUCCAUGCUGCUGAGUGAGAGAGUAAAAUGUGGACAGGAUGCCGAGCGGGACCUUGCCAUCUGCUGGAGCCCUGUGUGCAGAGCCGCUGACGGCCAGCCUCACCCGGGCCUGCAAGCCCUUCACCCUGGGUGUUUGUUUUUGGUUUGAGUUUGGCUGGAAGGCCGCUGUCAGACGUUUGGAUCUCGGGGACCGUGGGGCAGGAGGUGGGGGCAGAGUGAGGCCUCUCUCAGUUGCCUUACUUUCCAUGUCUAAUCUUCAAAAGAGAGACCACCCCCACCCCAUCCUGGGGGCUCCCUGUUCCAGUAGCACUGGGUGGGUGGGGGCUCCUCUCAGAGCAGGAUGACCUGGCCUGUCGCUGGGCCUGCACUGGGGCGCUCUUCCAGGCAGAACUCCUCGCGUCUCCUGGCUCCCAGCAGCUCCGUUGCUCUUCCCUGGGUCUGCGGUGAGUUAGGCUUGAUCGCUUGCUGUGCUCACCUGCUCCUCGGCUCUGCAGGGGCUGCCUUUGCUGCUCCACACCAUCAGACUUGCUUCACACACACUCUCCAGGUGACAUGGACACCCUGUGGGGGCCCUGGGCCACAGGUGGGGUCGGUGGCCGCAGCCUGUCUCACCCUGAGCCAGGACAGGGCCCUCCCCUCAGCAACCCACUGUUGCCACUUCUCAGAUCUGUCCCUUGUUUAGGGGCAGUGGUGCCCUGCCUGUGUGCCUGGCCACUGCCCAGAGCUAUGGGAUAUCCAGAUGUGUGAUGUGUACCUUCCUGCUUCUAUUAAAAUCAUCUUGGUUCAUUACCAUGUGACUUGGAAAUUAGCACAGAGUACUGUGCAGAUGUCACGUGCUUCCAACUCUGUGGAGCCCAGUCAGCCCUAGAUCAGAUGGAGACUGUUUCUACCAGGAUCAAGGGUUCCUCCCAGACCACCUUUGAGUGGCCCCUGACCCCUGCUCCUUCGCCAGGGAUGGGGAAGAGCGAUCCAGUUACAAGAACAGCCAUCCCGGUGGCUCUGUGUGCAAGUCCCCACCCUGAGCUUCGCUCUGUAGCUCAGAGAGCUCUACACAGUCAGAAUGUUGGGGACAGAGCAUCUGCCCUUUGAGGCAGGUUAUUUUUCAAAGGGGAAGGAUCCUCAAAGCUAAAUUUUGUCCUGCCUGUAAUUCUGUGUGGAAAUGCUGGACUGGAUGCGAGGGACCCAGUGAUACUCCUGGUUCUGAGCAGGUGACCCAAACCAUCAGGAGGGUCUGGGAACAUGGAAUAAAGAUGGUAAAUGCAGCCUGCGGCCGUCUGGCCUGGGACGUGAGGACUCACUUUUCAAGCAGGCCCUGACCCAGUGCUGAGUCUUGAGUGCCAGGACCUGUGGGCACCUGUGGCGCCUCGGCAGAGGAGGGUGCACUCGAAGGGUGGUAUGACAGGACCCACUGGGCUCCGGUCCCCCAAGCUCAGGCCCCGCACUGCCAGAGACAGACGCUGGUAGCGUCAGGGUGCAGGCCCCGCCCUGGGCUUUGCCAGAGGUCUGCUCGGUGUGCCCCAGGAUCGGGCCAUUCCCCCCAGCCUGGCACUCGGGCACACUCGACCUCCAGCCCUGGGAAAGACACACUCCGCCCCUCCCCAUCACCAAAGCAGCCCUGCCGAGCCCACUUCUCAGGAGUCGUGGAGGCCGCGUGCCUGUCUCCGUGCCCGUCUGUACCCCCACGUCUGGGAUCCUCCCACAACAGCACUUGGGUUUCUGCCUGCUUGUGCUGCUCUGCCGCCAGGCAUGGGCAGUGCUUUCUGCCCCCAAGGGUGGACUGUAACCCAAUGGACUGAGCUGAGGGUGCGCCAUAUGCCUAGACUCAGUGGUACCCACUGUGGUCUACAGAACAGGGCCUGGUGGUCCCUCCCCGCAGCCACCAACCCUGGGCUCCACUAGGAUCUCAGCAGCUGCCUCCUGCUGUUUGCCAUUCUGGUUUGCACUAGGCCCAGCUGAGGCCUUCACUGCCAAAUCAGGGUGCCCUAUCCUGGGUGGCCCUGUCCCUAUGCACCUCAUCCGCCUGACCCAUGGAAGUGACCUGGCAUGCUGGCUCUACUGCUGUGUGUGAAGGGCCAGAGGUAGCCCUGCGGCAGCCAGGCCCUGACCAGGGCAGCUUCGUUAGGGCGGGGCCGAGUCCCGGGGUGUCUGAGCUGCUCAGGCUAUAGAAGGGACUAACAGAGAGCUGGUGUGCUUGUUGAUGGAGCAGGACGUGGGGACAAGCUGCAGAAAAGCCAUCUCGGCUGCAGGGAGUGAAACCUCCAGUUGCUCUGACCAGGCCCUAGCCCCAGCCGGUCUGCUCUCAGGCCGUGGUUCCCGAGAGCUUCCUUGAGGCAGACAACUGAGGCGCACUCUUCCUGGAGCCUACUGCCGCCCCCUACGUGCUGCCCUCCUCUCGUCCCCAGCCCUGGACUCCCUCCAGGGCAGCAUUUAGCCCCAGAGGGUCAGUUGCUCAGAUCUGUCCCACUCCGCUCAGAGGCCUUUUUCAGCUCCGCCCUGCAGCCCUGGUUGGGAAGUCCUCAGCAAGGGACGGCUGAAUGAGUGCACAAAGCCACUUCCACUACCCAACCUCAGGCCACUGGCAAUCGAGGCUGGUUAGAAAGUCUCCCGUCAAAGAACAGUCCAGGACCAGGUGGCUCACUGCUGAAUUCUACCAAAAGAAUCAACACCAACCCUUCUUAAACUCUUCCAAACAACCAAAGAAGAGGGAGGACUUCCAAGCUUUUUUAUUAAAACCAGGCCCAACAUUAAAUUACCCUGAUAUCAAAGCCACACAAGGACAUUACAAGAAAAUAAAACCACAAGCCAGUAUCCUUUUGAUGAGCAUAAAUGCAAAAAUCCUCAACAAAAACUAGCAAGACAAAUGCAUGGCACAUUUCGAAGCCUCAUCCCCCCCUGAUCAAGUAGGAUUUACUCCUGGGAUGUGAGGAUGACUCACCACAGGCAUGUCAGUAAAUAUGAUACCCCACAUUAACAGAACGAAGAACAAAACCCACACGGACGUGUCAUUAGAUGCAGACAAAGCAUUUGACAAAAUUCACUGUCCUUUUAUGAUAAGAAAUUGGAUCAAAACGGCUACUGAAGGAAUGUACCUCAGCACAGCAAAGGCCCUCUGAGAAGCCCACAGCCAGCCCUGCACUCAGUGUGCAAAGUUAAAGCCCUUUUCUCUGAGGCCAGGUGUUCAGGACAGGAUGCCCACUCUGACCUCUGUACUCGGCAUGGCACUGGAAGUGCUCCCCAGAGCAGUCAAACAAGAGAAAACUGGGAAGGCAUCCCCCUGGGGAAAGGAGAAGUUAAAUUGUCCCUGUUUGCCAGUAACAUGACACAUCACCCAUACACAAUCAGAACUGAUAACUGAAUUCAGUACAGUUGUAGAACACAAAACUACAUUUCCAUACACUAACAACAAACUACAUGCAAAAGAAAUCAAGAAAACAAUCACAUUUACACCAGCUGCAAAAAUAAAACAGCAAUAAAUUUAACCAAAGAGGUAAAAGAUCUGUCAACUGCAAACUAUAAAGCAUUACUGAAAGGAAUUGGAGAAGACAAAAUUAAGUGGAACGAUAUCCCAUUUUCAUGGAUUGGAAGAAUGAAAAUUGUUAAAAUAGCCCUUCCACCCAAAGUGAUCUAUAGAUACAGUGCAAUCAAAGUGCCAAUUUUGUUUUCAUUGAGAUAGAAAAUCACACGUAGCCAAGCAGAAGAACAGCUGGGAGGGUCACACUGCCUGGCUCCAAACUGUACUACAAAGCUGUCUCAAGACAGCACAAAACAAAGCACAAAGUAACCACAUCACCUAAUGGAACAGAAUGGAGAGCCCAGAAGUGAACCCGGGCACGUACACUGGGAGAAAAAUCACAUCCCCUAAUAAUUCUAGAUGAACUGAUUUGAAUAUAAAAACUAAAGUCCCCCCCAAUAGUCAAAAUAAAAGUAGGCGACUAUUUUUAUAUCUGCACGUGGAAAAAGGCUUUCUAAACAUGAUGCCAAUGGCAAAGACAGCAUAGAAAACUACCAGUAAAUACCUGUAGGUCGCACUACCCGAGCAACUGCAAGGACCACCGAAUCCAAGAACUUCAAUAAACAAAGAUUCCUGAUAAACAAUAAGCUGGACCAACAUUUGCAACAGGUGAGACAUUUGAAUUCCUUAGUACAUACAGCUCUUGGAAAUGGAUAAAAAUGGGCCCAGCACAGCAAAUAGGCAGUUCACUAAAAGAAGCAAUUCAAGUGAUAGCAUUCUCACAAUGCUAAUAGUUAAAGAAAUGGAGAAAAUACAGGACAAGAUGUCAGGCUCCGUCAAGUAGCAACUGUGGAUCCAGGACUGCAUUUGAUCCUUUGUUAUGUAGCAAUAAAAAGCCAAUACACCUUCUCUUUUAGUCUGUAUUUUUUCCCAAAAUUUGCAAAUUUGUUGUUGUUGUUCUACUUUCAAACUGCAGAGUAUGUCAGAAGAGGACAUGACCCAGAAUCAGCACUUCGUGGAUUAUCCCAGGGCAAACCCCCUCACCCGGGUUGAGACAUAGAACACCCCAGACCCUGUGGCCCCUGCUCUCCUCCCCAAAGCACCAGUCUGAUGUCCACCCCGGUCACCUGUCUUUCAGUGGUACCAGGGGAAUCACACAGCACACACUCUCACGAACAGCCUUUUCUGCCCAACGCUUUCUGGUGGCGUGGGGUUUCCUUUGCCAUUGCUGCGUGGUCCUGCAUUAUGUGAGUAUGGACCGAUUAUGCAUCUUGCUGCUGGAGGACCAUUUCUGGUUGGGCCACUUUAAAUAAUGCUGCUGUGAACAUGGGUGUGCAGGUCUCCUGCAGGUGCGUGCCCACAGUCUGGUUGCUCUUCACCCAGAAGUGGGGCGGCAGAGCCCUGUGCAGGGAACCUCCCUGUACUAAGGAAUGCAGACGGUUGGGCAAAGCAGCCUCUCCUGAUAGGCUUCCACCAUCAGGGCAGGAUCUGAGGGCCUCUCUCCUCCUCUCCUGCACUCACAACCAUCAGCCUUGGUCAUUAUGGUGGGCAGGCUGUCUUCUCUGGCCCUGCCCCCGCUCAGCACGCAUGCCUGGCCUCUGGCAGCCUUUCCUUCCUUCUUCCCUUGCUGCCCAGACAAACAGAGGCCUCUCAGGACAUCUUGUUAUGCUAAUAUCAGAAGCAUUUUCCUCCUGCCAUUAAAAUUCUUCAAAAACAUUUUAAUGACCGCAUAGUAUUCAGCUACAUGGAUAAGCAUAAUUAUUUGGUUAUUCUCUUAUGCCUCAAGUGGAUUUUUUUUAACUGCUGCAAAAAGAAUUUUUUUAACUGUUGCAAACAUGGCUGAGAUGAAUAGCCACAUUUCUGAACUUCCCCUUCUGCAUUUUGAGUAGUGGGAGUCUUCAGUCCCCACUGCCAGAUGCAUGAGUUAGCAGGACUUACCAAGGUCCCCAGCCCAUAGCGACUUGCCGUGAGGGAAAGAUCUAGUCAUUUGGUUUACUGUGGAACGUCUUAGUAGAAGUUUAAGAAAUGAUGUGAUAAUCUAAGUAUAACUUUUUACACGGCAGAAACAGUGUGGAACUGUUGGAGAAGAGAAAGAUCAAAACUGAGGAGGCAGGAAGUAGAAAAAAGCAAGGGAAAGCAUGGUAACAUAGGAAAUGUUAAUUACCUGCUCAGAAGAGGCACGUGACGCAGCUUGGAAAUCAUAAAACAGCGUGGUGUUGAAAAGAGACCCGAGUAAGACUUUCUGAAGUGAAAGAAAUGUGAGGGCACUGACCAAACCCAGAGUGGCUGGGCCGUCUGCUGCCUUCGUCCACGUGCCAGAGAAAGCACUCCCACGUCCGCGGAGCUUCCCUGCUCACGGCCUGCAAGGGUGAGGCCACCUGCACAGGUGAGCACCCCUGAGCCACCAGGAACCGCUGGCCUGUCCACAAGUGUAGCCACAGCACGGCUCCUGCAGAAAGCGGCAGACCCCUGGGGAACAGGUUAAAACUAAGACAACUGGAUUCAAAUAAUGAUGCGGAAACAGAUGCUACUGGAGUGGAAAAGAGAUGAAAGAACGGAGACGGCCGAACCAGACGUGGAUUUAGGCCAGUCUCGAACCUCCAGGAGGGCAGGGACCUGGGCCCGCUCCUCAGGUGGGCUGCCUCUGGUGGCCUUCAGAACCAGCACCCAUCUAUAGAUGGAGCCGAAUAAAUGUUUGUUGAACAACAGACAACUCCUAACGAAUGAAUUUUAAAGGAACAAGGGGAAACUGCGGAUGCUGGAGGAAUUUUAAAAAUCAAAAGCAGCAAGAGAAGAAUAAGUAGCCAAAGACUAGGAGAAAAUAACUGCAAACGCCGGCAUCAGUAGAGAACUGUACACAAAAAUAAGAAUGUGAAUCCCAACAAUAAGAGAAUGAGAAGCCCAGUUAAACGGGCACGUUCAGAUCUCACGGGGGAGGAUGGCAGGUGGUGAAGGAGCACACCGAGAGCGGCUAAGUGACGGAGUCACUGGGGAACGCCAGGCAAGCAGCAGUGAGGCGCCACCUUGCCCUGUAAGGGGGCAGGUCCAGAACGCUGACCGCCCCAGCACCGGUGAUGUGCGGGGCAACAGCCAUGCUUGGCGUUGCUCUUGGGGACAGCAUGCCACUGGGGACAGCAUGCCGGGGCGGCUCUGGGAGACAGCUCGAGGUUUCUCCCAAGUUAAAGGUUCUCAGUCGUGGCCUGGAUACUUGACCCAGUUGAUCUGAAGGCUUAUGAGCCCAUGAAGCCUACAGCCAAUGGCCCGCACGUGGACGCAACCGGAGUGACCUCCGUAAGUGGGAACAUAAUUGGUGGUGCGUCCAUGCAUUGGACUCACAUUCAGCAAUCAGAGAGGCCUGGAGGAAACGCAGGCACGUUGACAAGUGAAAGAGCGUGGCCUGGAGGGCUCCACGCUGCGGUUCUCUAUGUGACGCUCAGUACAAGGCAAGAUGACAGCUGGUAAAAAGACCAGCGG